AUGUUGAUGAACAUCGUCUUCUACCUCUGUAUACUCUUUCCGGUCUUCCGUAUCAAGCAAGAUUUGCUCAAUUUAAUCACGGAGUUCUUCUUCUACUUGUUUCGAUGCGAUAACUCUACUCCAUACCCAAGUCUCGUCGAUCUUCCGGUUAUCAAGUUCGAAGAGCUGCUGCACCGGCGAAACAGAUUCGUGGAAGAGAUGUGUUUUAUAUGCUCUGCCGAUUACCAUCUCGAUGACGUUGUUUGUCAGCUCAGCAGGUGUCGUCACGUAUACCAUUCUGACUGCGUCGGUCAAUUGCUUCACCGGAAACAGCAUGCUUGUCCGUUCUGCCGUUCUCCGAUCUUCUCCGGGCUUUCACCGAUGGCCUGUCAAAACUUCUGA